AUGCCUUUCGAUACGGUCUUGAAAGAGGACUCCAUAGCUUUGGAUGUCUGGAAGUCUAUUGUGGAACGAAAGCACGUUCCUGUUUCCUGGGCAGAACUUCGGGGUUUGUUGGAAUGGGCCCGGGGGCGUGGCUUCUUUAGCGAUCCGGCGGACGCAUUUUCUGGGGAGGUGUGGGGCAGUUUGGGGGAGUGCCUCAUGGACCUUCUCUCUUCUCCCCCCCUCGUGCUGGAGGCAGCCAGGUUGUUGGUUGUGUGGCGAAAGAUUGAUCUCUUUUUCCGGCAAAUGGAUCCCGCUAGCUCGGAGAUCUCGGCAGAUUCUCUGAGCGACCCUCCCUCUCCGGUGGUAGGUGGGGGGCCGCAAAGGGACGCGGCCGCGGUGUCGGACGUGGGAUCUCCGUCCGAGCUCGAUCCCCUGUCUCCGAGGUCGGAGGAUUCUUUUCCUCCCCCUCCGGCUGAUGCGCUGGAAGAUUUGUUCCUCUCCGAUUCGGAUUUCGAAUUUUUGGGGAACAAGGGAAGCCUGAACCCGCCCCGGCCGUUCGAACAGCGAGAGGGCGGGGCCCCGCAGUCGUCACGGCCGGCCCCGCCCACUCAUGCCCCACAGCGCCGGAGAGUGGGGAUGGAAGAGCCUUCCAUUCAGGCCUUCCCAGCACUGACGGGAGGGGAGGAGACCGCGGCGCGGGCCCCGCCCCUUGUAGAGCAUGAUUCUAUUACCACGCUCUGCCCGAAAUGCGGAACUUCCACGACGUAUCCUCUGGAUACGUCAAGGGUGGAGCCGCCCCCCACGCAGCCCCACUUGGGCGCCGAGGGUGGCUCCUUGGGCGCCUCUGCGCCUGCGCCGCCUCUGCAGAGCGUGCAGGGGGCGGGCGCCGCUGGAGGCGGGGCCUGUAUCGGCUCUUUGCCGGCCCCUGUUCUGUUGGGUGGGCAGUCCGUGCAUUCCCUGUCAGGGGGGCUGCCGCCUGCUAUUGGCCGGCGGAGCCUCGGUGAAACCUUACUCGGCGGGAUCCCGGACCGAGCGGCGGCUGGCUCGGGCAAGGGCGGAGCGGCGCCGAUCCCUGCUCCCUUCCUGGGUCCCCCCCCCCACUGCACCGGCCGCGCCUGCGGUGCUGAGCACGGCGCGUGGAGAGGGUGCAGUCCCGCGAACCGCGCCUGCGCCGUUGAUCGCGGCGCGAGACGGGGACGCAGCCCCGCGGGCAGCGCCGGUGCCCGCCCCCCGUCCCCCCCCGCGCUGAGUGCGCAGGCGCCCUUGACCACGGCGCACAGUGGAGCGAAAGCUCCGCCAGCCGCACCCGUCCCAGCACAUUGUAAUCUGCCUGCAUGGGACUCGGGGGUUCUAUCGGAACCUACACCUACUAAAGAGCCCUGUACCCGUGCUGCGGCGGACGCAGGCACCGCCGGGGCUGCGGAAGCGCCAGCGGGCCCGCCCCCGCAGCCUCCCACCGGCGCUGCGCCUGCGAUGGGAGCAGGCGCUACAGUUUUUAAUUUCAGCGCUGGUGGGGACGCAGCUGGGGUCCGGCCGGCCCUUCCCAGGGCCAAGAGACCCCGCGCUCUGGGAUCCUCCACCUGGACACUCCCUCCUUGUAAUGUCACAGUGCAGCCAAAGGACAAGCAGCGAUUUUGGGGGGAAGUUAGAGUCAAGAUGGAGGAAGUGACGGACUGCAUGUGUACACAUCGUCCUCCGGAGUCUGAAAAGAUUAGCUCUAUUGCUGUUGUUUCUGACGCCGCUGGACCUCCGGUGUCUGGCAUUCAGCUGGCCCCCAGCCAAGUGUCUGCCUCUGUCCCUGUGGACCCCACAGGACGGGAUGUGGCAGGUCCUGCCACCCUACCAGGAGGUCUCCAGGCUUUCCCUGUCAUAACAGGUGUUACCCAUAACACCCACCAGCCUUUGCAUUGGAAAGCCUUGAUGGAGCUUCAUGAUAAGGUGGGGAAAUAUGGCUUGGGGUCUAGUGAAGUAAUGCAGAUGCUCAGGUUUUUCAACGGUCAUCUUUUAACACCUUAUGACAUCCGGAGUCUAGCUCGCGCUCUGUUUCCACCUGUCGAAUAUGAAAUUUUCGAAUCAAAAUGGAGUCAGUUAGCAAACAGCACAGUGGAGCAAAAUGCCACAUUAGGCCCAACUGAUGUCAGGCGCACGGUUGAUACCGAUAAGCUGCUGGGCAUUGGAAAUUAUGCCGAUGCCAAUGGACAAGUUGGGUUUGCGCCCUUGGUGCUUGAGCAGUGCCAACAGGUAGGCAUGGCAGCUCUGGUUCAGACCAUAGCAAUGGCUGCUCCAGAGGAACCGAGGAUCAUCGACACACUUCCUGGUGAUCCGUCCAUCGCUCAGAUGGCAGAGGCCUGUGCAAAGAUAAGCACACGUAGCCGCAAGUUUGUUGCCUUGGCGGAUGCUGUGCAGUCACCUGUGGCUAUGGCUCGCGAAGCAGAGACGCGCUCAGACACAAGUGUCUCUGCCCCCACCCGAACCGAUGGAGGUCUGCUUAGCAGGCUUGCAGCCAGCACCCGCGGCUCAGCGGGUGUUGACGUCUGCACAGCAGAAUCUGUCCUCAUAAAUUCGGACAAGAUACACAGGGUCCCCUUGGAUGCCUUUGGUCCUUUGGGUGAUGGCAUGAGUGCUUUCCUCAUGGGGAGGUCUAGUGCCAUCAUUCAGGGUAUCAUUGUGCACACAGGACUCAUCGAUGCCGACUUUUCAGGGCAGAUUCACGCGAUGGUCUCCACACCUACCCCCCCUCUGACUAUCCCAAAAGGCACACGAAUUGCUCAACUUGUUCCUUUUAAGUCUUCUAUUUCUAGGACGGAGGACCGGUCACGAGGUGACGGCGGCUUCAGCUCUACUGGGCCACCUCAAGUGCACUGGACCGUUGCCCUGACCAAAGACCGUCCUGAGAUGGUGUGUACUGUGUCCAUGGCUGGUGCAACGCCGCUAGAGAUUCAACUUCGCGGCCUCCUGGACCCCGGGGCCGAUGUUACGAUUUUCUCCCUGGCGGCUUGGCCCCCUCAGUGGCCUUUGAGCCUGGUGCAGACACCUGUGACGGGCAUAGGAGGAACGAAGCAGUGCUAUGGAUGUCUUGGCCACGUGGGGGGUGCGACUCAGCACGGAUUUUUAAUGGGGGCCACUGUGAUGAAGGGCGCAGAGUGUCCCACGCCUCCUUUACGGUGGCUAGUGGACAAACCCAUCUGGGAGAAUCAGUGGCCCCUCUCUCAUGACAAGCUAGUCACCCUUCGUGAACUUGUUCAGGAGCAGUUGGACCAGGGGCAUCUAGAACCAUCUACCAGUCCCUGGAACACUCCUGUGUUUUGUAUCAAAAAGAAGUCUGGGAAAUGGAGGUUGCUACAAGACCUCCGAAAAAUCAAUGCCGUGAUGGAAGGCAUGGGGACAUUACAGGCGGGCAUGCCAUCGCCUACCAUGCUUCCCGCGGACUGGCCGGUCCUCAUCGUGGAUCUGAAGGAUUGUUUUUUUACGAUCCCUCUGCAUCCCGAUGACAGACCAAAAUUUGCCUUCACGGUACCAACAAUAAACAAUGCUGAACCGGCACAGAGAUAUCAAUGGAAAUUUUUGCCUCAAGGAAUGCGAAACUCCCCGGUACUAUGCCAAUGGUAUGUGGCCCGUGCCUUAUCUGGAGUCCGCAAGCAGUUUCCUGACGCUCACGUCUAUCAUUAUAUGGACGACAUUUUGGUGGCUGCGCCCACCCAGGAUGAGCUGCUGAGGAUACAGCCUCAGUUGUUGAAUGCUCUGCAUUCACAUGGACUGCAGGUGGCUCCAGAAAAGGUACAACAGCAACCUCCCUGGAAAUAUUUAGGUGUCAAAAUUCUGGAACGGACUAUCCGUCAUCAGGAGGUGCAAUUUGUGCAACCUGUGAAGACACUGAAUGAUGCUCAGAAGCUGGUAGGUGUCAUCACUUGGUUACGUCCUUACUUAGGACUAACCACCGCACAACUGUCUCCCUUGUUUGAAUUAUUAAAAGGGGACACUGAUUUAAAGUCACCUCGUCAAUUGACCCCUGAGGCACAAAAAGUGCUGGAGGAGGUGCAACAAGCUGUUUCAGCCCGCCAGGUGUACCAUAUUGAACCUUCCAUUGAUGUCACUGUGUUCAUCACCACUCCUGAUCUACAUCCUACAGGUAUCAUUGGCCAAUGGAACGAUGAUUGGACUGAUCCUCUGCACGUCUUGGAAUGGGUCUUCCUGCCUCAUCAGCCGCACAAGACGGCAACUGCGUUGUUUGAAUUGAUUGCGCACUUGAUAAUCAAGUGUCGACAAUGCUGCUUACAAUUGAUGGGUGCAGAUCCCUCAAAGAUCAUACUCCCAGUUCAGAGGGAGGAAUUUGAUUUGAGCUAUGCGAACAACGUUUCGCUACAAAGUGCUCUAGAGGGUUUUUCAGGGCAGAUCACUUAUCAUCUGCCCAGCCACAAGCUAUUGCAAGUGGCAAAAGAUACUCGAUUUUCAUUACGACCCAAAAAUAGCCAAGAGCCAGUGCAAGGACCCACCGUCUUCACUGACGGUUCAGGCAAAACAGGAAAAGCCAUUGUUACCUGGAAGGAUGGAUCUGAAUGGCAGAUUUUGGAAGGCCAUGAGGACGGGUCAGCCCAACUGGUUGAACUAAGGGCUGCCGUCAUGGCAUUCGAAAAAUUCUCUCAGACACCCUUCAAUCUGGUCACGGACUCAGCUUAUGUUGCCGACAUUGCACAGCGAUUAGGGUAUUCAGUUUUGAAGGAAGUCAGUAACCCUGCCUUGUUUCAUCUGCUGAAGACCUUGUGGUGUGCAAUUCAGUCCAGGGUUCAUCCCUAUUACGUUCUGCACGUUCAAAGUCACACAAAUUUGCCAGGCUUCGUAGCGGAAGGUAAUGCAAGGGCUGACAAGCUGGCUAACCCAGCAUGGGUUGCUCCUCAGCCUGACACACUCGCACAGGCCAAGGCAUCGCAUGGGUUCUUCCACCAAAAUGCGCAUACGCUGCAGAACCAGUUUCACCUGACGGCCACUGAGGCUCGUGACAUUGUUGACUCUUGUGACGACUGUCAUGCCCUUGGUGCGCCGUUGCCGGCAGGGGUUAACCCCAGGGGCCUUAAGGCCUUGGAGCUUUGGCAGACCGAUGUCACCCAGGUCGCCGAGUUUGGCCGGCUCAAGUAUGUGCAUGUCACGGUGGACACAUUCUCCUCUGCGAUGUGGGCUUCGGCUCACACUGGAGAGAAAGCCCGCGAUGUCAUUGCCCACUGGAGGCAGGCCUUUGCUGUACUAGGCAUACCUUCUGUCGUGAAAACUGACAAUGGUCCUGCUUAUGCCUCUCAACAGGUACGGCAGUUCCUACAGGCAUGGGGUGUGACUCACAACUUUGGCAUCCCUCAUUCUCCAACAGGACAAGCAAUUGUAGAGCGUGCUCAUGGUACUCUCAAGCAUGUCCUCCAGAAGCAAAAACGGGGAAUGCAGGGUGAAACACCACACAGUCGCUUGGCCAAAGCAUUGUACACCAUCAAUUACCUUACAGUUCCGCAGAACUCAAGUAACCCUGUGAUUGUAAACCACCUCCUCUCGUUGCAGGCUUCAGAUGACACGCAUCAGCCUCGAGCGAAGGUUCGGGUCCGGAAUUUAGUUACCAAACAAUGGGAAGGACCCUAUGACCUGAUCGUUAUGGGGCGUGGGUAUGCGUGCGUGUCCACAGAUACUGGGGCACGCUGGGUACCUUCAAAGUGUGUCCAUCCUGACCUGAGACAGCAGAGGCAGAAUCCGGCCGAUAGGCGAGAUGGAGGCCGUGACCAGACGGAAGGUCAUCAAAUGGAUGAAUCCUUGGGCGAUGACUCGGACGCAGAUGACGCGAGUGAUCGCUCUGAUGAUUCCUCCAUGGAUAAUCAUUGAACUCUGUACAGUUUUUUCCAUUGUAAAAAUUGUUCAUUUUUCUUUUUCUCCUUUUUCUUUUUUUAAAGAUAAAAAGGGUGAGAUGUCACCCUGGUUUUGAAGACUUUUUUAAGCCUUCUGUUAUGUUCUUCAUAUUGGAGUCAGAAGUUUCACCUUAUCACACUUUCUACUAUAAACACUGGCCAUGUUUUGCUAACUGUCUUUUAUUGUUUACAUAUUUCUAGGUAGGAGGAGAAAUGUGAUUGACAGUUAGCUCGACCAACGUGGAUUGAGAGGUGGAAUUCCAUCCUCCAAUCCACGGGCACCAUGGGAAAUGUAUAAAACUGGGUUUUGUAAAUAAACUCUCUCUUUUCCUGCUUCGCUCACCAGCG